AUGGUGGAAGAUGUAAUUCCUGAUAAAAGGUCAGACUUAGUUGGUCCUUCUCCCGGAUCGCCUCUAAAACUUCCUAGAUUCGAGUCGCAUGCUUUUUCCAUUGAACAACUCCUAGAGGCUUCCUCUAGUCCUCCUGUUGAUGCCUUGCCGCCGCUUUCUUUGACUUCUUAUUUCGAUGAUGAAAAUUAUGCUUCCUGUCUUCUAUUUCAAGAAGAGAUAAAUGAAGCUUGUAGCUCUAUAGCUCGUGUCGAGGCUAUCUUUUCUAUCGUGAAUGGUAAAAUAUCCAAAUUCUUUGAUGGGCUAUUGACUUUGUGUGGCCGCUAUCUUUCUGUUGAGGUCAAUAUGUGGGAUGCUGAGGGCAUGAAGUUGGUCGGUGAAGAGAUGAGUUUUAAGGCUGGUAUGGUGCACAGCGAGUUAUCUGAUCGGUAUCGAGCUGCGUCAGAAAGGAUUGUUAUGCUGGAAAAUCAAUGA